AUCAGCUGUAGCAUCCCAGCGUGAUUUGUGCCAUGGCAUUACUUCACCUUAUAUUUGCCGCAUAUUGCAAUUCCUUCCCCUACUCACCCGGCUGAGCACUCGUAUUCUGAUGUUUGCAUGUCAUCAGUCGAUAACGCCCUGCGCAACGUGCACCGAGGCCACUCCACCGCACUCAGUGCUCUGAUAUAAGAGUGUAUCACAUCCUUGAAAGUUGUGGAAGCACUGGAGUUGGAUAUGCUUAAAUUAAAUGCCGAUGGAAUGGCAUCCUCUGCAAUUGGAACGAAGCGGUCCUAUGCAGCUAUGAGCCAGGACACGACAGCAACCAAUAGCUUCUCCCAUACGAGCAAGUCGCCUCGCUCAAUCGACGUCACUCGGUCUGGAACUCCAAGCUCGUAUGAGGGCCACAGAGUCAGUACGGAGGGUACACCUUCAGCAGGCUCAUGUGCUCAAGAUACGUCUGCACUGACUUCCGUACCGAACGAAUGCCGCCGCAUAUUCGAACCGGAUGCCUCCAUCGUGCUCAUUGGCAUGCGCGGGACUGGAAAAUCUACCUUGGCUGUCAUUGCCUCCAUAGCAUGCCGCAGACGUGUCGUAGAUAUCGAUGAUCUCUUCCAAGAAGCGACAGGUUUCUCUACCGCCAAAUACCGGAAGCAGUUCGGCGCUGCCAACCACAACCUACGACAGGAGGAGCUGCUACGCUCUGCACUACAGACACACACCAAGGACGCCAUCAUUGUCUGCAAUGGGGGCUCUUUAGAAAGAAAUGGACAGGCUGUGAUGCAAGACUUUGCCAAAACACAUCUAGUUAUCCAUAUUGUGCGAGAUCUGCACAGCGUGCACGAGUACCUGAAGGGAGUUGAGCUCUCAAGACUCAAAGAUAUGCUAGCCUUUACUGCACCAAUUUUAAGAGCUUGUUCCAACCACGAGUUCUACAACAUCUCAGAGACGACAGUUGUUAAUUUUGACGCGGUGACCGACGAACCCGCGGCGCCAGCGUUCCUUACGCUCAAGCGAGCACAACGAACUUUUCUUAAGUUUUUGUCACUCAUCACAUCGCGCGGAGAUUCGGAUGGUCCUAUUGGGCCUUCAAUUCCUCCGCUGGAGCCAGGAUACCCACUUUCUGACGUGGCUACCGAACUACGAAAGUAUACGUGUGCCGUCCAGGUACCACUGGUAGAUUUAUUGGCCGAAGAUAUCAACGUCCAAGGUUUAGAGCUUGGAUGCGAUGCCUUCGAAAUUCUGGUUGACCCUCAUCGACCCGGACCUGCGACAGACCUCGUGGAUGACACGAGUAGCUGCGUAUCAAAAGUACGAAGGAGUACGGUGGUUCCGAUUAUCUAUCACGUGCUCCCCACAGACGGAAGCCGAGCUUCAUACCUCGAACACGUACAUCAUGGUUUGAGAACGGCGCCAGAGUUCGCAACUAUUGACUUAUCUCUCGACCAUGCAACGCUUACCAAAUUAGUUGCGUCUAGAGGCAUAACCAAGAUAAUCGGGCACCUACAGACCGACAAAUCAUGGGAUGAUCCUUUUUGGGAUAUAAAAUAUGAUUAUGCUAUGCGCCUUGGCUGCGCCGUGGUUCGGUUCACGCGGCCCGCGAGAUCUACUGACGACGAUAUACUCAUUCAGAGCCUACGCUCUAGAAUUAGCACAAACGAUUCCCAGAUUCCCCUGGUUUGUUACAAUUCAGGGCGCUCUGGUCGUCGCUCAGUAUGCUUUAACCAGCACCUAACGCCAGUUAUCCCAACUUCGUCGAGAGAAAAGCCUAACAUUGCAACGACAAUAGAGCAGAAUCACCAGACUUCCUGGCUCACUGCACGAGAAGUCACACAGGCUUUGUACACCUCAUUCACUUUGGAUCCUAUGUCCGUCUAUAUUAUUGGAGCAAGUCUAGAGUACAGCGUUUCACCAGCUAUGCAUAAUGCUGCGUACAACUCAUGUGGUAUGCCGCAUGAAUUCGUUCGUGUUCAGAGUUCCUCCCUCAACAGCCUUAAAGAACUGGUGCGCAAACCCAACUUUGGCGGCUCCAUUGUCAUUCAGCCAUUCAAGUUAGAGGUGAUCUCUCUUGCAGAUUCAUUGAGCCAACACGCUCGAGCUAUCGGUGCAGUGAAUACACUUAUACCCGUCCGUCAUCUCAAGGGCGAUGGUAGCAUUCCCAGCGAUCUGGAACUCUUCCAGGAACGCAACCAGGCAGGCCCGAUACAGGCUCUUUAUGGGGACAACACCGAGUGGAUUGGUAUUCGCUCGUGUGUGCGAAGAGGACUGUCUCCAGCUAAUGCGGUGAGGCCAAAGACGACGGGCUUGAUCAUUGGCGCAGGCGGCAUGGCUAGAGCAGCGGUUUACGCCUUGUUACAGCUAGGAGUCAAGAACAUUGCAAUCUUUAACAGGACGCUUGAGAAGGCUGAAAAGCUUAUUGCUCACUUCAACCGUAUUGUCUUAUCGCUGAAGGCGACGACAGUUGCACUAUCGGCCACCCGCCAGGAUACUCCUCCUACUUUCCACAUACUAAAGACGCGGGAAGACCCGUGGCCGGAUACUAUCCGUCUACCUACCAUUAUUCUCUCAUGCAUCCCUGCCGAUCCAAUAGAUGACAGUCCUGCGGCACAGUUCACACUUCCAGCGCAAUGGGUGAGGAGCCCGACAGGCGGCGUUGUCAUGGAGAUUGCGUAUAAGACGCUGAACACACCGUUGAUGCAGCAAGUGCGGGACGAGGGUUCUCGACUGUGGACUUACAUGGACGGCUUGGAUUUCUUGCCAGAGCAGGCUUUUGCUCAAUUCGAGCUAUUUACAGGAAAGCGAGCACCGCGGCGAGUUAUGCGAGAAGAAGUGUUGCGUGCAUGGAGGGAUGAACAGGGCAAUGCUGAUCUAGAGAUGGUUCAGAGGAGGCUGCAAGCUAUUGAUGACCAAGAACCGUAAUACUGCGUGCAUCGGGAAAACGGGGAUAUACUUGAGGUAACUCUCUUAGCAAUAUCUCGUCCUUUCACUAUCCACUGUUUCUAGAAAUGUCGCCUAUUGUGCAGCCCUGCGAUGAUCAAUUAGUGCACGUCCCCCUUUGAAAGUCACGACGCGUUCACCAAGCGACAACAAUGACCAUG